AUGGCCCACCUGCGGGCUUGCGAAGUCCGGCAGCUGCUGCGCAACAAGUUUGUGGUCGUCAUGGGGGACCCCAUGCAGAGGGCCGUGUACAAGGACCUGGUGCUCCUGCUGCAGAAGGACUGCCUGCUCUCUUCCAGCCAGCUGAAGGCCAAGGGCGAGCUGAGCUUCGAGCGCGAUGUGCCGCGGGAGGGCGGCAGGUGGGAACGCCUGCACAGCUGCACGCACUACCGCGACGUCCGCCGGUUCUGCUCCGGCCACCACCUGGUGCGUUUCUACGUCCUCACGCAUGCGUACUCCCCGUGUAAAGACGUCCUGGAACACCUGCGGCGGGGCGAGCACACCGCGCACGUGGUGGUCAUGAACUCCUGCCUCUGGGACCUCUCCAGGUACGGCCAGGAUUUCCCGAGGAGUUACCUGGAGGGCUUAGAGAGCCUGUUCGGGCGCCUGGACAAAGUGCUGCCCGAGGCCUGCCUCCUGGUGUGGAACACGGCCCUACCGGUGGCGGAGGUCGUCUCCGGCUUCCUCCUGCCGGAGGACCUAUUCCGAGGUGCGCGCCUGCGGGAAGAAGUGAUAGAGGCCAACUUCUACAGCUCGGCGGAGGCCAGCAGGUACGGCUUUGACAUGCUGGACCUGCAUUUCCACUUCCGGCAUGCGGGACAGCACCGGCAGCGAGACGGCGUGCACUGGGACAGGCGCGCACAUUGCCACCUCUCUCAGCUGCUGCUGGCGCGUCUGGCCGACGCCUGGGACGUGGACCGCCCCUGCCGCCACCCCGUGGGCAGGUGGAUCAGGGAUGGUCCCACCAGGGGACUUCCAGGCCCGGUGGAUGGUAGGCAGCCCCAGGACAGCAGAGGUGACCCGGGCGAACAGCCCUUGUCCUGGUUCCCAGCCACGUCCGCAUGCCUCCGCGGCGACCUUCGGAACCCUUUACCCGGGCGCGACCUCCGUUCCAGCCCUACCGCCAAGGCACCUGUGUGCCCUACCACCCAUCUUCACAGCGCGGGCAAUUCUCCAGUGAUUCUUCAGCACGCCAGGUCAGAUACACACUGGCGAAGCAAACUCGAUGAUUGGCCGGGAGACACGUCUGGGCCGAUUCUUAGAACCUCUACCCAACAUCGGAGCAGAAGGUCGCCUCCCUACCCUCCCAGGUGCCCCAGCGGGCCACGCAGACGCCAGCGAAGGCGCACCAACAGACGGACCCAAGCACACCCAGAGGUAAGACCCCAGUAG